AUGGCUCCCCUCCCCAUCGCUCUUAACGGAGACUUCAGAUACGUGCUUGCAGCCUCUGCCCUGCUCCCCGCCAUUGGCUUCUUCCACUCUCUCAACACUCUCUACUGGCGAGCAAAGUCCAAGACCAAGUUCCCUCUCCUCUUCGCUGACGAGACUGUUAAGGUCGACCCCAAGAUCGAUGCGGCCAAGAAGCGAUUCAACUGUGCACAGAAGGCCCAUCUACAGUUCACCGAGAACGUGAACCUGACUCUUUUGGCCGGCUGGAUUACCGGAGUUUCCUACCCCAAGGAGGCUGCUGGUCUCAUUGCUGUCUGGGCAAUCUCCCGGUUCCUCUACGUGCUGGCCUAUUCGACCGGCGAGCCCAACCGACGAAUGCCCCCCAACUUCUUCAACAUCACCUCCCAGGUUGCUCUCAUUGCCUCUGCUAUCUUCACCUCUUUCAAGGCCAUUGUUUAG